AUGAGGAGGUGGAUAUCGCCUGUAUUGGGUGUUGGAGACGCGCUUAUUUCGCAUAAUUUUGUCUCUGUGAGUUCUCUGACCAAGUUAGCAUUUAAUUCCUACUCAAAUUGCAUUUCUUCCUCGCCACUUUCGCCAACACAACGCCGAUUCCGGUCUUUUCAACGAGAUCGACUAGAGCUAUCAAAGAUUUUGAAGACCAGGCAGCCUGGCUCUUCCGAAGUCAGCUGUACCAUCUUUGACAAGAACGGAGACGUGGUUGCCGUUUCGCAGAGCUUUCCGAAAACCCAAUUUUUGCAUGACAACGGUCUUUUCCCAAGAGACCUGCGAAGAAUUGACAGUUCCAACGUUGAUGUUGCGCCUAUCAUUGCCGCCAGGUCGAACUCGAUUCUCAUCAAUCUGCUUCAUAUCAAGGCGCUGAUCAAAGCGGACUCGGUCUUGGUGUUCGACACGGCCAACUCUGACGCGGCUUCGCAACUCAGUCUUUUCAUGUACGAUCUGGAGGCAAAGCUGAAGGUGAAGACGGUACAUGGAAUCAGUCCGUACAUCCAAUCGUACGAGUUUAGGGCAUUGGAGAGUGUUCUGAUCAAUGUGAUGGCUGUUUUAGAAACCGAGCUCCAGACCCAUCUGAAAGUCUGUACUGGUAUCUUGAACGACCUGGAUACCAACAUCGACAGAGACCGACUGCGAGAGCUGCUGAUCAAGUCCAAGAAGCUGACCACGUUCUACCAGAAGUCGCUUCUUAUCAAGAACGUGAUCGACGAGUUGUUGGACAACGAUGACGAUUUAGAGAGCAUGUAUCUGAGCAAACGAGUCCCGCACCGUCCUGAGCCACGAGAGGACGAAAUCCGCAUAGAGGGGGACAACAAAAACGAAAAAUCAGAUGUCAAACAGGUUACUGAAGAUUUCGACACCGCGGAAAUCGAAAUGCUUCUUGAAUCUUAUUACAAACAGUGUGACGAGAUUGUUCAACAGGCAGAAACACUGAUAAACGAUAUCAAGUCGACGGAAGAGAUUGUCAACAUCAUUCUGGAUGCGAACCGUAACUCAUUGAUGGUGUUUGAGCUGAAAAUCACCAUCUACACAUUGGGAGCCACGGUUGCAACCCUAAUUCCAGCACUCUAUGGAAUGAACCUGAAGAACUACAUGGAGGAUUCAAAUUACGCCUUUGGCACGGUUGUGUUUUUCAGCGUGCUCACAGGAGCAAUCAUGGUGGUCAACUCGUUCCGUCGGCUGAAAUUUGUCCAGAAGAUGAAUAUCACGUCUGCCGAAAAGACCCGCCAAUUGGACGAAAAAAUCCGCCGCAAACUCCCUGUCAAGAAACAUCGUCAGCACCAAAGAAAAUCCAGAGACCAGAAGGACAUGAUCUGGAAAUGGCUCACAGAUGGAAGUCCCAAACCCAAAUAA